AUGGCGCAGCCUCAGCACCAGGCGCCGCCCCCGCGCGCCUUCUCGCCUCCGCAGCACUCGCCGUCACCGGCCGCCGGCACGCCCUCGGCAUACGCCCUGCCCCCGAACAAGCGUGUCCGGACCGAUGGCCCGCCUUCUCAGCCCGGGUCGCCGUACGCGGCCUCUCCGUUCGCUGCGAGCCCCGGUGCUGCCGGCACGCCUCCGAUGACGGCCGCGUCGCCUACGUUCUCGGCGACUCCUCCGCUCUCCGCUACAUAUGCGACGCCCUAUACCAACGGCGCCGCAGCGCCGGGGAUGAAUCUGCCCGAUGGCCGUUCAAACAGCGCCACGCCCGUGCAAACACCCCACGGCGCGCCUCCGCAGAUGGUGCAGCCUCAGUAUACCAACGCCAUGAUGGCUCCCAUCCAGCAAGCGGUUGCGUCUCCCGCUCCGUCCGCCAAUGUCAUGGGCCCUCCGCAGCGACCCGCGGAUAGGCCCACGAAAGACUACGAAUACGAUGUCACAGAUUCGCUGGCCGGCACGGGAAUCGACUUGCGCGCCGAGGAGCAGUACAUGUCCGACCUGUAUUCGAAUGCCCUGGACUCGAACACUGCUGAUGCUCGGACUGGGUUUGCCUACAACCAAGCCGGUUCAAAGUCAACCUUUUACGGCGCAGGACCCGCCAAUCAGCCCGCCGAGCCAACCUCCACGUCCAACCAGGAUGAGGUUGCCGCAAAGGCCGCCGAGCGAGCCUGGGCCGAGUCGUCAAUGCGACUAGCCGUGCAAAGGACCCAGGAAAUUAACGACCCGUUUCUGUUGGUGGCUCUGCUCCAUCAGCGCGCGGACAAGAUCGCCCGAGAGCACGGCAUCGGCCUCAAUUUGGAGAUGAAGAACCCGCAGCCUAUGGGUAAGAUGAGACUUCCGGAACAGUUCCCGCAGCCGCAAGUCACCGUCCGCAUGGCGCCAGGCCCGGAUUCGACCAUGGUUCAAACGACGGGCUCUUACAUCCCGCAGGAGUCCUUUCUAGUUGAUCAACUCGCCCUCAUGUCUAUCGCGGCCAAGCACAGAUUACGAGGUCUCGUGGAAGAGGCUGGCGUGAUUGCCAUUCAUCGGCAAAAGACGUCUCACGGAGACGUGCCUGCGGAGUGGGAGCCCGCAGCUGCACCCAUGAACGUCGAGGUCUUGGAACCCAUGGACAAGCCGGGUGAACCCAUGGAGACGGACAGUGCCGAAGACUCUGGCACGAAUCCGUUGAAGCGGUCAGCAGAUGCGGCAGGCCUUGGAGAUGGUGCGACGCCACCGCCAGUGAAGAAGCUUCCCAAGAUCGGAGGAUCCAACGUUACGGUGCCGAUGAGAGAGCGAGCCAGGCAGGACCGCGAGUGGGAAGAGGCCCGGCUGCGGAAACGCCAGCACCGCAAGGACGGCGGCCAAGACGGGACAGCGACGCCAACGCGAGCGGGCAGUGCUGCUCCCGCAACCCCUGGAUCCGUCGCGCCGGAGCCUGAGAAGGCGAUGACCAAGAAGGAGAUGAAGAAGAGCCAGGCUUUGAAGGCAGCGGAAGCCAACAGUCACGCCAACCAGAACCUGACAAGCAGCAUGUUUGCAGGUCUCGGCGGCAAGGGCGGCUUGUUCGGGAAGAAGAAGACGGGCAAGACGUACGACUGGAUGAACGUCGGCCGAACCGGCAGCGGCGCGAGCACGCCUACUCGUGCUGCUCCGGGACCCAAGGGUGCGAGCGGUGCGCCCGGGACGCCGGCCGGAGCCAACCAUCCCCUCACAACCGAGGGUCGGAACCGACUCGGCACGUGGCGUGAAGACAAGGAGAAGGGGAAGAACAUUCAGCUGCGGGACUGGGUGGUCGUCCUCGAGAGGGACGGGCGAGAAACCAAGGCGCUGUCGGCAGCCCACUCGCAGCUGGACAUGUCUCUUCCCAGGUAA